AUCUUUGGAUCUUUCGAUCACACGAGGAAAACAGAUGUCAGGUUUCAACGUUCUUUUCAGAGCUCUUCCAAGCUACAAGCAUAAAGCAUUCGUCUUGUACAAGUACUAGUACCAUACCUUCCUCUUGUGCAAACAACAAUUAAUUGCAAGAUCAAGAUGUGGAAGAUCCAACAAGCGGCGUUCUCCUCGGGCUUGGCUCCAACAACAGUUGUAGUGCGCCACAAGCGGACCAAAGUUGGAUCCUUGGUUCCAGCGAGAUUAUUAUCAUUAUCUUCUACAGAACUCGCCUCCUCGUCGUCGUUUUGGUUGGCAGAUCAAGUCUUGUCGUCGUCGUCAACACCUUCUACUACCACCUUUGAACCCGUCCUCAACGUUCCUGCCCUGGCAUCCUUUGUCUUGAUCAUGACCAUGGCAUUCGUUCUGCGCCAACGGGUCAAUUCCAUCAAUGACGCCGCCCAAGCACGGAUUGCCGCCCUGGAAGCCUUGCGAGACCGAAAAUCCAAAGAAUUGAAUCAAGAAGCGACGACGGAAGAGGUUCAACAAGCCAUCACAGCCUAUCAAAAUGCGCUCACAGCCGAAGAAUCGCUACGGACAUUGGCACCGGGCAUUCGUUUGCGAGCUCCCAACAAUCCGCUCUUGUCGGAAAUGGAUCAACAAGCGGCACGGCAAUUUCUCAGUAACAACAAUAACAACAACAACAACAAUACGACACCCUUGUUGCAAGAAUUACUCGACAACAGCAACAGCAAUAAUAAUAAUGAGUAUGAUCCACCCGUCGAAUUUCCACCCGUGGCACUGGGAGCACUCUGGACAUUUGUCUUUGGAUCGCAAAUACUCCUCUUUUUGUUUCUAACAAUGAACGACACGGUCGCUACAGAAGUAUUUGAUAGUCUGGCAGGAGAUGCGAUCGUCCAGGAAGGUCUGGGAAUGACACCCGCCAGCACCGUGGCAGAAACAGUCGGUGAUAUCAUGAGUAUGGAGUAAUUUAAAUAAAAUAAAAGCUACAUGUAGUAACAUACAUACUAGACAGUAUUGGGUGGAAGGAAGAAGCAUGCUAGCUUUUUAAAUUUGACAGCAAUGGCUAGCUAGCUAGCUAGCUAGCUAGCUAGUGCCAAAGAUGCUACCAGAGUUCAAAGCUGACAGAC